AUGAUUUCCCCUUGCCUCCCUCCCUCCGCUCUAGCAGUGGCUCGCCGCUGUGUCACCACCUACUUCGACUCGACGCGCCUUUCACGGUUCAGUCCCCACAAGAAGGUUCGCUCGCCGGUUCCUCUUGUCCGCCCCCGUGCUCGGCCACCGCGUCGCUCUUCUCGCCUGCCCGUCUCCGCAGGCUCUUUGGACAGAGCUGUCGUCCGCUCCUUCGCGGAUCUUCGGAAAGGAUCACGCCUUCCCGUCCGCAAGCAGAUUGUCCUCGAAGAUACCCUCACGCAAGAGGGGCCAGCAGUCUCCGACCGUUUCUCCAUGCUUGCGUGUUUCUUCGAGACGCAGCCGCCGAAAGAAGACCUCGAUUACCUCGUCGUCGCCCGCAGCCUCCCCGCCAAUCUCGCCGAUCGAUGGUGUCGCUCACCGACGCCGCCGACCUCUGCCGAUUCUGCCGCCGCCUAA